UACAAGUCUCCGAUUAUAUUAAUAGAGAGCGAGUAGGAAGAACAAGACAGUAACAAUGGAGAUCACCACUAACGACAAGAAGAUGUUCUCGAGACAAUCUUCUUCAUUCAGACUACGAAGUCCUAGUCUGAACGCUCUCCGUCUCCACCGUAUCUUCGACUUAUUCGACGAAAACAGCGACGGACUCAUCACCGUCGAAGAACUGAGUCAAGCCCUCUCACGACUUGGCCUCGACGCGGAUAUCUCAGAGCUUAAACCAACCGUCGAAUCUUUCAUCAAACCGGACGAAACCGGACUCCGGUUCGAAGACUUCGCAGCACUCCACAAGACACUGGACGAGUCUUUCUUCGGUGGAGACUGCGAGUGCGACGGAUCUCCCGAGUCAGAUCUGGAAGAAGCUUUCAAAGUGUUUGACCAAGACGGUGACGGGUUUAUCUCCGCCGUGGAGUUGCAGAAUGUUUUGAAGAAGUUAGGGCUUCCUGAAGCAGGAGAGAUUGAACAAGUGGAGAAGAUGAUUGUCUCUGUUGAUAGCAAUCACGAUGGUCGCGUUGACUUUUUUGAGUUCAAGAACAUGAUGCAAACUGUUCUUGUCCGUUCCUCUUGAAAUUCUUCACAUAAACUUAAAGUUUUAUUUGUUUCAUUGAAUCAAAAAGAAUUUCAAGAUGAAUUAUUGUGUAA